AUGGCCUGGUCGAUAGCACUUCCCCGAGAGGUCUUCACCUCUCCAAUCCUUUCCGUCACAACGCCUACCACGGUCGGCAUGUUGGUCGGCUAUCUGGUCAAUCGCGCGGGAGGAACCAAACAAACCUACAAAUCACUCCAAAAGCCGGCCUUCUACCCGCCGGCAUGGCUCUUCGCCCCAAUGUGGACUGUCCUCUACGGGGUCAUGGGAUAUGCCGCUCACCACGCGACAGUGGCCGGAUAUAGCGCCCUGACUUCCUCCACCGCUGCACAGAGCUUGGGUACGAAUUGGGAAACGCUGUAUACAACACAGCUAGCACUCAACUACCUCUGGAUGCCCCUCUUCUUCGGCAUCCGUCGCCCUGCCUGGGCGUUGGCGGAUAUACUACUCUUGGGUGGGAACGUGGCGGCGCUGAUGCAGACCUGGUGGAAGACAGAUCGGACCGCCUUCUGGCUCAUGGUCCCCUACGCCGGGUGGCUCGGAUUUGCGACAUAUCUCAAUGCCGGUGUGGGUGUAUUGAACAAGUGGACUAUCGGAGAAAAGCCGAAGGAUCAGUAA